AUGUACUCUCAUUUCCUUCUCUAUAUCCAUAUCUGUACUUUCUUAAUAGCAGGAGCAGAGCAAGAGCAACGACCGACGCAGCGACGGAACGCCAGCGACGCACCCCCAGCGACGCACCCCCAGCGACGCACCCCCAGCGACGCACCCCCAGCGACGCAACGCCAGCGACGCACCCCCAGCGACGCACCCCCCAGCGCCGCAACGAGCAGCAGAACCAGCAGCAGAACCACGCCACCACGCACCGCCCACAAACCACAAACACAAACCACACCACACCCGGCGGCCCGCCACGCCCCAGCCCAAACGCGCCAAAGGCAACGCUGCAAUCCUCAAGCCCAAGCCGGCAAGCCCAAACUCGCCAAGCUAUCAGAAGCAGGCCCGAGCAAGCCCCAGCAUGCCCCAGCAAGCCAAACGCAAUAA